UCACGAUCAGAAGCUCAGCACGUAAACAUAACUUUGACUUUACAGCACUGUUUUUCAACGCUACUUCACAGGUAUGUUGGAACGGUUGGAAAUAUUCAAAAAUGAUCGUUAUAUGCGCUAAUCGAUGCCGUUAAUGCAUGCACGCCCAUAAAAUUUGUAUCGCUAUUCUCAUUCAAGUAACAUGCAUUAGAAAAUAGUUCGGCUUAUUAACGUACGCUUGGCUUACAACAAGGGGUUGUUUAGUCCAGCAAUUUCUGCUUAGGGCAUUGUAUAUAUUGGAGUAAAAAUGGUAUGUUCGCAUUUUGAAUAAUUUUGAAAUGAACUUUUGAAUUUUGUAUGUCUUUUUGUGUGAUAAAAUCUCAAACUAAUUUGUAUGUUACCCAAUGUCACAUUAAGUUAUGGCAAUUAGGGGUUGCUCAGCUCGGUAACUCUUUAGGAAGGAGCUGUUAUACUAUAUAUAAAGUAAAUCUAUAGUAUACUAUAUUCGCAUUUUGCAUGCAAUGAAAAAUUUUAAGCCGGUUUUCCACUGGCGAACUUUUCGCGCGAAAGUGACUGUUUUCCUUUGUCGGCAUCAGUGCUGCCCGCUUUUCCUGAUGCCGGCAAAUUAAACAGUUUUUUGUGUGUUUUUUUUGUGCAAUAAAAUCUCAAUUGUGUAUAUGGAAAUAAUAUAUAUGUUAGUUUAUAAGCCGCAGACUCGUUGUAAUUUAUUAGAAAUCGCCAUUCUCCAACAAAAGAACCCCCUUAACUUUCAGAACGUGAAUUAUUCAAACUGCUGAAUCCAUUGUUGGACAAUGCUAGAUGGCAAUUUUGAAUAAUAUUUUAAAUUUGAUCCAACGAACACCGCGGUGAAACGUCUGCGUAUGGACUGCUUGUACUCAAAAGAUUGGAAAUAUAGUACUUCCUCCACGAAGCUCUAGCAAAACGUGUGGAGAAGAUUACGAGAGUGUGAACUCGCUAUAAUUCCCUCUUGUUACAAGGAAAAAGCGAUGAAAUUUCUGAGCUUAUACCUUUCUGAGCUUAUACAGUAAAUGCUUUUCUUCUCCAGUACGUACUCCUAUUAUUUUGGCGGAUAGUUUCCCGCCAUUUUUGUGGACUCGCGUAUGCGCUUGACGUUUGACCGCUGUGUUGAUUCAAUAUCGUGCAAGCCAUCAGUGUACAGGAUAAUGUUGGAGCAACCUGUUGGGCUGGGUUGAACGUGCCUUUUGUUUCAUAGCACUUCUGGUUCUGCAUAAUGUGAGUCUACGUCGAUCAGAGUUGACUAUGGCUGUUGCAUGGAAAGGUCUGCUCUUGUUGGGUAGCGUCGCUUGUGACUGUGCAGCAGACCUAUGCGAGGUUACUGUCUGCAGUAGUUCUAUCUAUAUAUCUUGUCAGCUCUGUGUUGCAGCACUGUUUUCUGCGAGCUGUCUUGAUCAUGUCUUUACUGCAGCUAUACCACUAGUAUCUGUUCCUCUGUUUGAAGUUGUUGGUGCAGAGUGCUUCUCCACGCUUGUGCGGUCUGCUACAAGGCUCUCCAAGGACUGCGCGUCAAUGACAAGGGCCUUCACAUCUCUCUUGCAAACAUAUUUGUAUCGCAGCUGGGACGGCCCGUCUUUAAUCCUGCCAGCUCUCCACAGACGAUUUUAAGAACAGGAGAGCUUCGCAUUGAUAGGGAUACAACUACUUGGACUUCGACGUUUCAGGACGGAUUAUUGGCACCACCUACACUGGCUCAAGCCGUUCAUGAUUUUCGAAACAGAUCGCCAUCUUGAAAGCCUCCCUCGCCCAUCCCCAUUAGCAACAAGCUAGGAAUUAUCGUGUUUAUACAAAGUUGACUCAAAUCCAGGAGAAUUACACGUAAAGCCCGAUCAUAUACUACUUUUCAUAAUCAUACGCCUUCACUCCCACGGUGUUCUUAGGUUUUCAUUUUUUAGAAAAUACUUAAUUGGUCAAGUAGUAGAUAAAGCAUGAGCGGGCGGGUUGUCUCAGACAUACAAACUUGAUCCGAAGGCGAGAGGUUGUAUGUCUGAUACAACACGGACAUGAAUGCUUUAUAUAGCUUGUGAAACGUCUCGAUGAGAACAUUCGUAUUCUUCAACAAUUUAAAAUAAAUGAAUGAUAUUUGGUGAGAAAAUUGAACUUAAAGUUUAUGUAAAUCAGGAUGAUUUUGUAUCACAUAUACACGCUCAUGAUUUCUUUUGUGUUUUUUUUCAUGAAUUAUUAAUGAUGUCACAAUGGUCGUUGAUACCACCUAAUACACUCGCAUAUAAAAAUUUAAAAGCUUGGUUACCUUUAUCAUUACGAAUGCGUACAUUUAAUAUAUACCAGAACAUGCAGUGGCAACUAGGCAUGCGCAUGCGUGUGAGUUACCCGAAAAUACGAAGAGGAUCAUGGCAUCGUGUGUAAACAUACCUUAGUAUAUAGCCGAUUAGAAAUCGAUGGUAGGCGAAGUGUUUAUUUAACAAUUAUUCACCGAAGGCGAGGUGAUUAUCGGUGAAUAAAAACCGAGACGAAGUCGAGGUUCUUAUUCACGCGAUAAUCACCGAGCCUGAGGUGAAUAAUUGUUUUAGUAUAAUUUCAUAGGGGAUUAUUUGAAAAAAAAAAAUUAAAAUACACAUUUCUUCGUCAUUUAAUUGACAAAACGGCUUCGGCCGCCAUUUUGAAAAUCGCUUAGGUGAUUAUCACGUUAUUAUCACCUCAACGGCAACCAAUCGGCGUGGAGAAUUUUCAAUAAUCACCUAUGUAAUUAUACUAAAACUCCUUACUACUCUGCAAACGAUUUCAAAGUUAAGCUGGUUCAUAGAUUGUAAAGUAGAUAGUCUGAUUAUAUCUAGUCAAAAUGGAAUUAACUAAUGUAAGUGGGCGGCAGAAGCUAAACAUAUUCAAUUCCAAGAAGGGACAUUAGAGAAUGAAAGUGAUAACGGUUGCAGAAAACAUAAAAUAAUUUAUUAUAUAGUAGAGAGAGAAAGAGAGAGAGAUACUGAAAAAUACACAGUGAGAUAUUUUCCAUAUCGAUCACGUGACUUUUUCCAAUUUGCUUUUGAGCGUGAAAUUCCACAACAUAUCAUGCGAAGACAUUAUAUAACAACCCGCGCAGGAUGACGCAGAACGUUAGAAAGCAUUAGACCAAAUCUAUCUCCUGCUGUAACAUUUUGUUCUUCUCGUGAUUAAGAUUAAUAUUUCUUCAGCGCAAAUUCUCAUGUGGGUAUAUGAUGAAAUGCGCUUUACAUUAAGUAUGCCUAUAGAGCAUUCAUAACUCGAGUAUCUAUACUCGUUCAAAUACAUCAGAAGAACAAAAUCGCACUAGAAACCGCAACAAAAAUUACAAGUUUUUGGAGUUAUCGCUGUUUUGUUUAAGGCCCGCGUUUACCUCCAAAAAUGAACCGAUUUUACUAUUCUCUAGCUUUCGACUAUGUGUUAGUCGUCAUCAGCUGAUAGUAGUACAUGUUUCAAAGUAUUCCAGUCGAGCCAAUCCACAGAACCGACCACAACUUGACCUUGUUCAGUGGUCACGCUAUUGCAGUAUUGGUUUCACUCCUACCGCGCUCAAUUUAAUUUAUUUAUUUUAAGACGUUGCUGAGACAGCAUCAGCUAUCAUAUUGUGCGAGCUCACCCAUGUAUAAAACCUCAGUCAUAACAUGGCACUGUUAUUUCGAACAGACAUAUCCCCCUUGCUGGCUCAUAAGAGGUUUUCAAGUUAUGUCCUAUAGCGAAGGGAACUCUAUAAAGCCUCUGGUGCUCGGGGAAGACAAAAUCAUUUAUUUAACAUGGGAGGUAUCCAAUGUUGUGGAUGGACCUAUUACCUAAUAAACAAAAUUUUGAUCUGGAUAAAAAUUUCAUCACAAAGUUAGUAAUAUUCCGAAGUUUCGUUGCGAAAUGUUGUAAAAUGCGGAUAAUAUAGCCCUGCGAAGUUUGCCGUUUUUCAGUCAUUUUGUAUUACGCACGGGAAAUUGAUAUCUUUUUUCAGAAAGCGGUAUCAAUUUCCCGUUAUAAGAUGUUGUAUUCACCCAGAGAGGGAGAGCAAAUGGCGCAUAUUAACCUGGGGCCACAAAAUAUAGUGAAAUAUACAGAGAUAUUACUGUCAAAUAGUCUCUCAUGCAAAAUGAAGGAAUUUUCCAUUCCUGGGCCCUAUAUGUUGAUUUUUUUGUUCGUAUCAAAUGUGCGCGAUCAAUUUUCUUUGCGCGGUAAAAAAUAAUUUAAUGAUGAUCAUCGAACAUAUUCUUUGUUCAGCUUUAAAUCUUGUUUUAUUUUUAGCCACCACAUUAAUGAUUUGAACAAACUUUAUUUUUGCAAAGACGCGUAUAAACAUCUCUUUAAAAAAAUCUCGUAUCGCGCGCGCGAGUAUUAUUCUUUGAGAGUAGUACAGGCCCUCCCACGCAGUACCGCUUGAAAAUAUUUAUAUUUAGACGCGCGAUUAAUAUGUUUUUAAUUUUUCAGCUUUCCUGUGUGCAAAACGGGUUGUCGUAUUCUUUCUCCGUGCCCAUUAAUAUCUGUAAUCUACUCGUUCCCAAAUAUAAUCCCUGCCUACGGGAGCCCUCAUAAAAAUUCAUGAGAUCCUUAAUAUAUUAUUCUUUAGGGCACACACACAACACAUUGAAAUAUAUUAAUUGUGUUUCAUGAUUUCCUAGGAACCUUCGCUUCGAUUUUCCUCCAGAAAAAUUGCGCCGUUUCAAGAGGCUCCGACUUAGGUUGUCACAGUUCCACAUCGAAACAGCUAUUGGUGAGUUAGGUAGGUGGAUAUGUAUAAUUGAAGUUUAUUACGACUGGCAUUUACAAAGAAAAUAAUAUGUAUUAUAAUUUUAUGUUUUCAUCGAAUUGCAAAUAGAACAAAUACUGUAUACAUUCUAAAUAUAAAUUCUCAUUUUUCUUCAAAAUGAAAUUACUGUAUUAAGAGUAGAUCGAAUUGAACUAAACGAUAAAUGUAUAUUACUGCUUUUGCACGUAUUCUUUGGUCCUUGCUAUGCGCUAUUUAUUUAUUUCAAGAAUCGGAAAUAAAACUCAAUACCACUGUGUCCAUAUCUCGGAGUGUAUGCCAUUCUAUUUUGUCCUUCAUAAUUUACCAAAUUAGGUGAAAAACCGAAUUAUAUAUAUAUGUUGUUGCAUUUAUAUUUCGGUAUUACUUCAAUUGACGUAUUUCAUGUGAUAUAUACUAAUAGUAUUUAUAUGUUGGCUGUUUCAAUAUAUUUUCUCUCAGAAAAACAACAGUAAAUUUAAGAUCAAAUAAAUACUUGGAUAUAGGUAUUAGAUUUAUUGGUAUAUGGCUUUAUUUCAAUACUAGCCACGCGUUUCCUCGUUUUCUUUUAGUAUUUGGAUAUUUAAAUGCUUCAAUAUAAUGCCUUUCAUAUCUGCAGAUGUUAGCGACGCUUCGCCAAAAUCCUUCAAUGAUUUGAAUAAAUUGAUAUUAAUUGUGACAUUUAGUUUUGAGAUGUGGAAAAGAUUCAAGUACCGCAGACGACAAUGUCACCGCGAAAGUUUCGAAACAAACAGUUAAUUUUCCUUAAAUUGCUCGAAUAAAACGAUGUGUUAUUGAUAGUAAAUGCUGCGAUAUUAUAUAGCGUUGAAGUGUUCGGUGUUUGCUCAAAAUUGUGUCGGUAUACGUGCGUGCUUGUCAAAAUUGAGUAGUAUACACCUUAAAACGGUAGCGACUCUAGUUUACAACGAGUAUUUGUCGCUGAUAACUUUCCUUAUAUUGCUCAAAUAAAAUUUAAAGAUACGGACUAUGGUAUUGAUAGUAAAUGCUGUGAUAUUAUAUAUAACUCUGAUUAGAGAAUAGAGUGUUGACGCCGCUUAUAUUUACUUGUCACAAUUGAGUGAUUGUUCAUCUGAAAACGUUAGCAACGAGUUGUGAAGGUGUAUUUACAACGCUUUAGUUUUUUUUAAUUUGCGCUCUUUUUUCAAAGAUUAGUUAUUUACAGUCUCUUUGAAUAGGUGGUCGCGCGUGAAAAGCGUAGUGUAGUAUACAUUGUUAAAUCGAAAUUGAUUUCGUCGCUAUCAAUAUUUGAUUGUCGCCCGCACAUUUGAAUAAGGGCUUCAUAUAGCGUGCUCUCGUUGCAGCUGGCGGAAGUCUUCGCCAGUCUCUCGUUUUAAAUAUUCAUACGUUUUAGAGCGUAGACAAUGCUAGAGAAUCGUGGGCAGAAUGCCAAGGCUGAGAGUAGCCUGCCGUUCCCUUUUCCACUUGCACAUUUUGCAAUGAUUUUAGGUGGAUUUUAUUCUUCUGAUGGAUGUGAAGGAGUGGAUGAAUUAUGAAUGUUCAGAUGAGGGUACAUAUACUUAGAACAUUCAUAACUCAUCUACUACUUCACAUACAUCAGAAGACGAUAAUCGCACUAGAAAAUUGCAAAUGUAAACGUGCCUUUAGAAUAUUUUGUUCUAUGGAUAUUCGCCGUAUCCGAUGAUGAUGAGCGAAAACGUCAACUUUAAUGCAGUUAUGCAGGCCUUUUUAGGUUAUUGUGAUGAACAGAAGGCCGACGAAUAAUCAGUAUUUCCUUUCUUACAAAACCUAGCAGAUCACGACCUGGCCUUCAAAACCUCCAGCCAUACAUCGUAGUCUGAGAGAAGUUGAGAGUAGACUGACUCCCGGUUGUUACAUCAGGGGACUGGUGCGAGUGAAUAAUGUUUCAAUAUGACCGCCUCUGACUGUGUUUAUGUGUUUUAAAUAGUAGCUUAGAUUUAAUGUAGAAUAGCCAGGUAUAUCUUUAUAUAAAUAGAGGAUAUUACACGGCGGCGCGAAGAGACGACCUUUAUCUUCGAGUGGUGAAAACAAUAUUGUACGAACGAGCGCAGCGAGUGAGUAAAAUACUGUUUUUGACACGAGGAGAUAAAAGUCGUAUCUUCAAGCCAACGUGUAAUGUUCUGUUUAUUAUAUAGUCCCGAGCAAAAAAUUGUGAAAUUUCACAAAAAAAUUGUGAAAAGCCACGUGAUCGAUAUCUUCACUAGUGAAGAUAUGGAGAAUAUCGCACUGUGUAUUUUUCAGUAUCUCACUCUCUACUAUAUAAUAAAAAUUCAUAUGCAUGUUCAUAAUGUUAUAAUCAUAAACCGGAACAUUUGAAUAACAGGAAAUACGAACGAGAACAGAAAUGAGGAACUGUUUAGUAUUUUAGUAAAUAAGAUGGAAUGUUCGAACCGGAGGGAAGUUAUUUAGCUUGAUUUGCGGUCAACCAAACGAAUGUGCGUCACGUGUUGACCUUCCUCUGGCGUGAACAGGUUCCCAUAUCACUGAGAAAAAAAUAGUGAAAUUCAUACUGUGGAAUUUGCUUCACUAAAUCCAUAGUAUAUCCAUAGUAUAUCCAUAUUAUUUCCAUACCAUGUACAGGGUGUCCCCCAAAAAAGUGACACUAUAGAAAUUAUCUCAUAGUUGUUCUUAAGCCGCUCUUAAACGCGCGUGAUUACACGCCUGGGAAUUUAAUGAACUUGUAUUUACAUUUAAGCAUUUUAAAACGUUUUCGCUUUGUCCAAAUAUUUUAACGUCCGAGUCAAGCAAAACGAUUACACUAAUAAAAGGUUUGCUUUUUUAUUUUAAACUUCAGAAGCAGAAGUUUAUGCACCUGUGGGAUCAACUUAGUGCUAGGGCAUUCACAUUAUAACAAUAGGAUAAUUUCUAUAGUGUCAAUUUUUUUUGGGACACCCUGUAUAACCAUAGUAUGGAAAUUGCAACUAGUAUGAAGAUUGGAUUUCCAUACGUACUAUUUCCGAAGAUCCAUGCUAUUUUCAUACUAAUGAUUUAUGAUUUUGAAAAAAUAUUCCCAGUGCUUUAGUUGGAACAAGACAAUAUAAAUAAGAGGGAGAAUGAAAGGAGAUUGAUUGAUUGAUUGAGUGAACGAGAGAGAAAGGAUGAACAACCGACAGCAGUGUUCUGUCGUAUGCAUUGACAACGAUUGUUAUAAUAACAUGCCUAUCAGAUACCCUGUCAUUUUCUCGACAUUUUGAAACACCCUCGAGUUUUAUAAUGUACACAGAAGCUAGGAUAGUUCAGCUGUCUUUGAUAUAGUAAACAAUGCGCAGUAGCCGCGUGCAGUACGUAUAAUUAAAUCCGGUGAAACUCGCUGGAGGAAAAUUAUAUGAUGUGCUUGUAUUUGGAUCAUUGAAAGAGGAAUCAUUGCAUAUCUUCUUAGCCUUGGUGUUUUGCGCUGCGCACCGCUGCAUGACAACUGGAGAUUGCAUGUUCAGAUGAUAGUGAAUGAAAAAUAUCCACAGAUCGAGUAUCGUCAUGCAAGAGUAUAUAAUAAUAUACAGCAGCUUAGGCCCGUUUCAUACGCCGUACUGCACAAUGUGCCGAAUACAUUAAAGACAGUAGAUAAUGAGAUGAAAUGCCUCGUUACCUAUUGUUUUUAAUGUCAUUUGGCACAUGUGAAGUACGGCGUAUGAAACGAGCCUUAAUCCGAUAGAUUUCAAAUAUCAAGAAGACACUUGUCGAAGUCACUUGAAGUGGUUUCGAUGCUUUCUUGAUCGAAAAUCGAGAUUUGAAAAGAGUGGCUGGCAACCGCAGAUGUGUCGCUUUUGAUAUGUGAGAAUGAAAGGCAUGGCCACACUAUAGACCCAUUGCACAUGACGUCACAGCGCCGGUGACGAUGCAUCUGGAGGACAAAUUAGCAAUCUAUGCAUAAUAUAACUUUUGUAAACAAAGCAAAUUUUGUAAAAGUUUAUAAUAAUUUUGUAUUAAAAUGGUUAAUUUUUGCGCUGUAUGUGGUUGUUGUACCCGAACAGAUAUUGUUAGGUAGCAUCUGGAGGACACUCUAAGGAUUUGUGACGCCAGUGCAAUGGGUCUAUAGAUGAAUCGAAAUUUGUGGGAGGAUAUCCUGAGUGGAUGCAUGCGGUGGCAUAAUAUCUGAAUCACUGAAGCCUGUCUUCCAUAACACAUGCGAUAUGUUACAUUAUCACAAUGAACUCUUCAGGGGUCGGGUGUAUAUUCUCUUUAUACUACUUUUCACUACUAUUUUGCUGUUAAAUACUAACUUUAAAGUACGUGAUUUUGAUUGGCUAAGCCUGGUUUCCAUAUGGUCGUAACGGUAGUAAUGAUGGGGUCACGAUCUUUCUCAUCAGCCGAAAUACAGCAUUUUACAACUGAAAAUACGCGGAGUGAUUAUAACUAGAGAAUAUACUUAUGAUUUAUAUGUGGUUUACAGGUAUAAACUAUUAUAAACUGGCCGUUGAGAAAGAUCGUGACUCGAUUUGUACGACCAUUACCACCAUAUGCAAACCAGGCUUUUACUUUCGCAAGAGUGUCCCACUUCCGCUUCUGUAGCCUGUUGUGAUUUACUGUAAUUUGUUUUGUUUUUCUGUGGCGACUAGCGGUUACCAAUUUAUUGGCAAAUACCGUGAUAAAAUUUAAAUUUCGCACCUUCUAUGCAAUGAAUCUAACGAAACAUCUCUUCUCAUUCUUUUAGAAAAUACAUAUAGUUGA